AUGGGCGCCGGAGAGAGUGAAGCUCUUAUUGAAGAGGGCGAUACAAAGAUAUACUUUCCCCCAAAUAUUGAUAAAUCAGAAGUAUUUUAUAAUCCAGUUCAGAAUUUCAACAGAGAUAUUACAUGUUUAGUUCUUCAAGCUUAUAAUAACAGAGUUAAAAAGCCAACGAACUUAUUUGAAGCCUUUGCUGCAACUGGUCUUCGAUCAAUUAGAUAUGCACGUGAAGUAACCGGAUUUAAUUCAAUUACAGCUAACGAUAUUGAUAAAAAUGCUGGCUCUAUUAUAGAUCGUAAUAUACAGCUUAACAAAGUCGAUAAUAUAGUUAAAUCAUCACUUGGAGAUGCAAACAAAGUUAUGAACUCCCAUAAAGGCGAAUAUCAAAUUAUUGAUUUAGACCCAUAUUCAACAGUGUCUAUCUUUCUCGAUGCAGCUAUCCAUGCUGCAGCUGAUGGUGCCCUUCUUUGUGUUACAAGUACUGAUGGACGCACUUUAUGCGGCCAACAACAAGAAGUUUCAUACGGAUGGUACAAUGUCAUGGUCCUAAAUACAGAGUUUUGCCAUGAGAUUGGUAUUAGAACCCUUCUUACGCUCAUAAAACAAAUUGCUGCCAGAUAUAAGAAGACAAUUGAGCCUCUCAUUUCAUUAGCGGCCAAUUUCUACUUCAGAGUAUUCGUUAUAGUCCAUGGCAAGUCAAAUGAAACGAAACAUCUCGCUUCAGACAACGCAUAUUUAUUAUUUUCACCAGAUUCUCAUCUUUUCUGGCUACAACCACUUGGACGUGACAUGUCCAAGGGAGAAAACAUCACUGUUAAGCCAGCUCAAGUCACAAUUCCCUCAUUUAAAGAUCCAUAUACAGAAUCUCAGCUUCAACUCGGCGGACCAAUAUAUACAGGUCCAAUACAUAAUAAGGAGUUUAUUCAGUCUCUUAUUGACCUACUCCCAACAAUGAAAUUCUUCAAAACAACAGCAAGAAUCGAAGCAGUCUUAAAUUCAUGCAUCAGAGAGCUUGAUUCACCAUUUUACUAUGAUAUAUCAGUCCUCACUGGUAUUAUCCACAGUUCUACACCUUCCAGAGAGAUUCUUGUCUCAAUUUUAGAGAAAUUAGGAUAUAAAACGUCCGGAACACACUGCAAACCAGGAAUGCUUAAGACGGAUGCUCCAGGAGAACUUAUUUGGGACAUCUUGAGGCGCUGGUACUUCGAAAAUGACCAGAAGAAGCUGCCAGAGCAAGAUAACUCUGCGAAAAAGAUUCUUUCCGCAAAACAAUCGACAGAGAACAAAUUCACGUUUGAAGUUGAUCCAGAAGUUAAGGAAAGAAUCAGAUUAGAGAAGAAGAUCUGUAAAUUCUAUAUGAAUCCCGAGAAGAACUUUGGACCAAAGGCUGCCGCAAAGAAACAAAAGAAUAAAUAA